GUCUGAAUGCUGUACCAGCUGCUGCUCCAAAGCUUCCUGAAGCCGAGCUCCUGGCACCCGCCUGGGUGUGGGGAGGCUCCCCUGGGUGGGGGAGGACUCUCGGCAGGGGGUCAGCGCAGGGGAAGCCGUGUGCGAGGCCUGGAUCCACUGAUCGUUUGUCUCUUGCCCUGCAGAGCCUGUCGUGGGCUGUGGCUGCAGCUGUCUGGUGCUGUCCCCGGCCCCUCUGCUCCCCCACCCUGUGCACUGACUGAGUGCUGCUGGGGUCUGGGGUCCCUGCCUCUAGUUCUGGGGAAGGCUUUUGAGACUUGUUUCCGUUGCGGGGUGGGGGCUGUAACGCGAGGUUUAUACCCCAUGGUGGGGGUGGGACUUAGUGGCUCCCUCUAAUGCACAGAGCUGGAGGACUCCCUAACGGCGGCUGGGGUCCCUGGGUCUGGCUGGGAGCUGAGCCCCUGCCGUAGGUGUAGUGUGACUUCUGUAUGGCGGGGGCAGGUCCAGUCAGGCCAAUGGGGCUGCAUGUUGGGUGUGGGGGAAGGGGGAAUUCUGCACCUGCCUGAGGCUUGCAGUGUGGGGGGAGGCCAAUGCUCCAUGCCCCCCAAGCUGCACCCAGGCUCCUGGCCUCGCUGGUAUGCAGCUGGCAGUGCCUAUGCCCUGCUCUGUUGGCUGUGGGGCUCUGCACCCCGCCUGCUCUAGGCUCCUGACGCAGGAAUGGCCCCACCUCGCGGUGAGCCCUGGAGCCGGCCCCGAGGCCGGGGCCCGCAGGUGCAGGUGUGGCCUGGUGCCCCGCCAGACUCCCUCCAGCAGCCUGGGAGCGGCUGUUAAUGGGUCUCUCCUGCCCUGUAGCGGAUAAAGCUGCUGGCUAGACCCACACACGCCUGUAGGGGGGCUUCCCCUUGCCCUGCUGCCCCUCGCGUCUCUUCCACCAGCCGCCUCAUUGCUGAAUCCAGUGGAGAGCGCUCCUGCCCCCACCCCCCCGUCCUGCCUUCCCUCCCAGCUUGGCCCCUCAGCUGCUGGGGCUGCUGUUUGCCCUGCUGCAAGUGGAGGGGUGGGGGGAGCUGCAGCCGGCCGGCCAAGCCACUCCCGGGCCCUGCAGAUGUUCAGGCCGUUCCCAGGCCCUAGCCAGGGCAGGUCACCUGCCAGUUAUUGUGACAUCACAAACUCGGCUGCCUGCCGGCUCCCAGGCAGGUGGCAGAUGGGGCCUUGCCGGUCUGCAGACAUGCUCAGCGUAGUCCUGUCCCCGGCUGUGGGGCAGAGGAGCACUAGGAAAGCCGGGGGGCCGUAGCAGACAGAAGCAGCAUGCUGUCUCUCUAACGAGCUGCUCCCGAGGGCUGCAUGGCCGGCGGCAGGCGCUUCCGCGUGAGCACGUUCCUGGCCCAUGACCCAGCCUCGGGCGUGCACCUCGGGGUGGAAGGUGGGAUACUCUGCCAGCUCCUCCGAUCUCCAGAUUACAACCUUUUCCCCAAGUCGGCAGUGUUUGAAAGUAAUUUCAUCCAGGUGACGAAGCAGGGGAACUGGGUGGAUAUCCACAACGCUCCCACACUGGUGACCCUGGGGGUGACGUCCUCGGACCCCUGCCUGCCCCUCCCCAACGUGCUUCUGAUCGCCAGGCUCGCCGUGCUGGGAGAAACCCCCCCUGGGAGGGCAGGCCAGCCCCAGGAGCCCUCCAUGGCCCUAAGCAGGCUCCUCCCAUUGAGGUACGUCAGGCUGUCGGUCCAGGACAGCGGCCGGCGCCUGCUGCGGGUGCAGGUGGUGACGGGGAAGGUUUAUUACCUGCGGCUGCACCAGGCGCACCCUGACGCCGUGUUCACGCUCUGGAGCCGGCUGGCAGACAUCCUGCAGCGGGGGCUCUCCAUCACCACCAAGGACCCCUCCAUCCACGUCCCACACAGCCUGGUGCUGAGUGUGGGCAGCUCCUCCACCAGCUCCCCCACACAGCUGGUGCCUGAUUCCCAGCCGCCCUUGGGAGCCAGUCGCAGCGUGGUGGCGAGGAUGGGCAAGCAUUUGUCGGGAACGCUCUCCCAUCUCUCAGGAGCAGCCUUGGGGAAAACGGAGAAAGACAGUUCGGUCCAGAGAAGACUCUUCUCCUGGAAUCUUACGGCUCGGAGCAAAUCUCCUGCCAGGGAAGAGGAUUCGGGUGCCCCAAGCUGGUCAGGAGGGAAGCUGGCGGUGUGUGAGCGGUGCCGGGGGCGCAGGCCAAGCGACCCAGGAGAGACACCCAGCCUGAGGACAGCCCUGCGGUGGCUAGACACUAAGUGCCAUGGACUCUGGGAACGAGACACACCUGCUGGGCUGCUGCCACUGUCCCGGCUCAGCAGCCUGGUAGCUGCAGGUCCUGGGGUGCCGUGGGGGCUGCCUCUGGGACUGGACUGCGCUGUCUGGGUCAGAGACUGCUGCAGCGUGGGCCAGAACAGGCUCUGAUGUUAGCGCUGAGCCCGAGCUCGUGGAUGCUGUCUCCACAGCCAGGUGUCGGGAGGGGAAGCUGGAGCUGGUCGGCUGUGCGGCGGAUACGCACUUCUCCUACACACAACGCAGGAAGGAAUGCGUUACCCUGGCUAUGGCUCUCCUACAACAACCGCGACAGCUGGCUCGAGCUCUGUGUGUGUGUGUGUGUGUGUGUGUGUGUGUGUGUGAUGCUUUUGUCAGGGACAGAACAGCAAUGGAGUCUUAGAACUUAGUAAGU